GUCAGCUCUCACGGCGAUCCGCUUCCACCGGAUUAAUUGUUCAUAAGCUCAUUGUCAGUUUCAGUCCGAUGUAUGUACCGAGUCAACAGAGUCGAAUUGUGAGAGGCGCGCGAGCACUGAUAAAUUUCUGAAUAAAUUAUUUUUAUGUUGUUGGCUUUUGGUUUGGCUGUUGCUUGGGACCAAAGAUUUGCUUGGGACAAACUUGGGACACACCAAAGAGGGGACACCCGACCGUGGUUGGGACACAGUUAUUGUGCAUAGUUGUGAUAAAUACCACUGCAAAGAAUGCCAGCCCAGGAAAUGGCAAUCCCUCAACUAUCAGAGGUUGAGGAUACCGCGCCGUCCUCCCAGCCGAUAGUUGGCAUCAUUUACCCUCCUCCGGAGGUUAGGAAUAUUGUUGAUAAAACGGCAAGUUUUGUUGCCAGAAAUGGCCCAGAGUUUGAGUCAAGAAUCCGCCAAAAUGAGUUGGGAAAUCCAAAGUUUAAUUUCCUCAAUUUUGGGGAUCCAUAUCACGCGUACUAUCAGCAUAAAGUCAAAGAAUUCAAAGAAGGGAAAGCACACGAACCUGUGAUCAGUCUGGGUGUUGGGAAAGGUGUAAAUCUUACAGCUCAUCAGAAGCAGCAAGAGAUCCUCAAGCAAGUUGAACAGCCGUUCAUUCCUAAAGAUCCGCCAGUUGAUUUUGAAUUCAUUGCUGAUCCUCCAUCGAUUUCAGCAUUGGAUUUAGACAUUGUAAAACUCACAGCGCAGUUUGUAGCUCGUAAUGGGCGUCAGUUUUUGACGAAUCUAAUGAAUCGUGAGCAAAGAAAUUUUCAAUUUGAUUUCUUACGACCUCAGCACUCUCUCUUUCAGUAUUUUACAAAACUCCUUGAACAAUACACUAAGGUAUUGAUUCCUCCCAAAGAUUUAUUGCCUCGUCUGCGAGAUGAAGCUUCCAACAUGGACAAGAUAUUGGAACAAGUCAAAUAUCGUGCCGAGUGGCUCAAGUACCAAGAGGCACAGCGGCGUAAGGAAGAAGAGGAAUUGGAACGAGAGAGAGUUGCAUAUGCACAGAUAGACUGGCAUGACUUUGUUGUUGUGGAAACUGUCGAUUAUCAACAGUUUGAAGUUGGAAAUUUCCCGGCACCAACGACCCCGGAUGAAGUAGGAGCACGCGUCUUAAUGCAGGAACGUAUCGAAGAAGGCGAAGAAGUAGAAAUGCAGAUCGAAAGCGAUGGAGAUGAUGAAAUGCACUCCCGAGAGGGUGAAAAGGAUCGAGCUAAAGAUAAUAACCAGGUCCAAGAUAUGGAGGAAGACUCCAGCGAUGAUGACGAUGUUUCUCCGCCUGGGGAAUCCCAUCGCACUAAUAAAGAUCUGAGACAUCGAGAUACUAUACAGCCACCUCCGUUACCACCGACGCCUGGCAAUGUCGUGGUCAAGAAGGGAUAUGAUCCAAAACAGCACGCUGCUAUCAAGAACACUCGGCCCACUCCACCGGACGAGUAUUUAAUCUCACCGAUAACAGGAGAGCGAAUUCCCGCCAGUAAGGUGCAAGAACAUAUGCGCAUUGGACUACUAGAUCCUCGAUGGGUAGAGCAGCGUGACAAACACUUGGAUAAAUUGGCCCAGGAGACCGUAUUCGCGCCAGGAACAGCGAUUGAAGCUAGUUUGAAACAGUUAGCUGAGCGUCGUACGGAUAUUUUUGGGGUUGGAGACGAGGAGACCGCGAUUGGGAAAAAAAUUGGUGAAGAAGACAAAAAGAAGGACGACAAAGUCACGUGGGAUGGUCACACGUCUAGCGUUGAAGCUGCGACGCGUGCUGCUCGGGCUAACAUUACCCUGGAAGAACAAAUCCAUCAGAUUCAUAAAGUCAAAGGAUUGUUACCUGAUGAGGAAAAGGAGAAAAUCGGCCCAAAACCCGCAAAUCGUGCUACAGAAUUGUCUCACAUGGCUGCUGCAGCUUCAAAGCCUCAGGCAACGCUAAAAGCUCCUCCGAAGCCACCAGCACCUAAGCCUAUGCCAGUUCCGACGCAACCUCCACCACCUAAUAUUGGAAUGACCACAAUGGGAAUACCGCAGCCGAUUAUGCCGCAACCAUCCAUGAUGAUGAUGGCGCCAAUGCCUCCUAUUCGACCUCCUCCUCUAAUGACACCAGCAAUGUCGCCAUUCAUGCCAACACCACCUCCAAUGCAGCCGCCAAUGCCAAGUGGGAUGGCUAUGAAGCAUCCAGGAGAGCCUGCAGAAGAUGAACCACAGGCAAAGAAAUUACGUACCGAAGAUUCUCUGAUACCCGAGCAACAAUUCUUGGCUAGAAAUAAGGGUCCGGUUCAAGUAAAUAUCGCGGUACCAAUGAUGACGGAAAAAGUUGAAUGGAAACUGACCGGACAGACGUUAAGUAUCACUCUGCAGCCGAGUGACACCAUUGCCACAAUGAAAGCGCGUAUUCACGAGCAGACCGGCAUGCCUCCUGGCAAACAAAAACUUCAAUAUGAGGGAAUGUUCUUUAAGGAUAACAACACUCUUGGGUACUAUAAUCUAGCUUCAGGGAAUGUGAUAAAUCUUCUACCAAAAGAACGUGGUGGCAGGAAAAAGUAAAUCUUUUCAAAGGUAAUAUCGAUCGUCACUCACAUUACUAUUUACAUCGGAUCACUAACUGAUCUACAGUGAUCCAUUUUUUGUCAAAUGUUCUACCGACACUCUAAUCCGUUGGAGUACUCACAAGUGGAUACUUCAAAUAAUACAUCAGAAUGAGAAGUCAGCAAAAUAUUGGAUCGUACCAAAAUAAAAGAAAUACCGGUUUGGAAAUUA